GAAGUGAUCCGUCUGGGCCAAAGUUAUUUUAUCAACUGGGACUUGCAGAUGUAUUAUCCAGAGAAGGAUACAGCUGCAAAAGCAAGAACUACCACUUUGAAUGAACAGCUGGGACAGAUCCACUACAUCUUCUCAGACAAGACAGGCACAUUGACACAGAAUAUCAUGACCUUCAAAAAAUGUUGCAUAAAUGGACAAACCUACGGAGACUGCAGGGAUAAAACAGGCGAAGAGCAUAACCAUUUAGAACAAGUUGAUUUAAGCUGGAAUGUGCAUGCAGAUGGAAAACUUAAUUUUUACGAUCAUUACCUGAUUGAAAAAAUUAAAACUGGGAAAGAAACUGAAAUUCAGCAAUUCUUCCUCCUUCUGGCAAUUUGUCACACAGUGAUGGUAGAUGCUAGUGAUGGUGAGCUCAACUAUCAUGCUGCUUCUCCAGACGAAGGGGCAUUGGUAACCGCAGCCAGAAACUUGGGUUACGCUUUCCUGUCACGCACACAAAAUACCAUUACCAUAAGUGAAAUGGGAAUUGUGAAAACCUAUGAUGUGCUUGCCAUUUUGGAUUUCAACAGUGACAGAAAAAGGAUGUCUGUUAUCAUAAGAGAUCCCAAUGGGGCCAUCAAACUUUAUUGCAAAGGAGCUGAUACAGUGAUUUUUGAACGGCUGCAUCCAAGAAAUCCUAACAAACAGGAUACCGAAGAUGCGUUGAAUAUCUUUGCAAAUGAAACCCUUCGAACGCUGUGUCUUUGCUACAAGGAAGUUAGCCAUUAUGAAUAUGAAGCAUGGGAAAAGAAGUUCAUGGCAGCUUCUCUGGCCUUAAGAAACCGCGAGGCAGCUCUUGACAAAGUGUAUGAAGAAAUUGAGCAAAAUCUAAUUCUUUUAGGUGCCACUGCAAUAGAAGACAAGUUACAAGACGGGGUACCAGAAACCAUCUCCAAAUUGGCAAAAGCAGAUAUUAAGAUCUGGGUUUUGACAGGUGACAAAAAAGAAACUGCUGAAAAUAUUGGUUUUUCCUGUGAACUCUUAACAGAUGAAACUAAUAUCCACUAUGGAGAAGACGUCAGCGCUCUUUUGCAAACAAGGUUGGAAAACCAGAGGAACCGAAGUGGGGUAUAUGCCAAAUCUUCCAAUACAGCCAAUGAACGCUUUUUUGCGGAAGGCAAAAACCAAGCGUUAAUUAUCACUGGAUCAUGGUUGAAUGAAAUUCUCCUGGAGAAGAAAACGAAGAAAAAGAAGCUCCUGAAACUGAAAUUUCCCAAAACAGCAGAAGAGAAGCAAAAGCAUAAGGAAACAAAACGAAGAAUAGACUUGUACAAGGAGCAACAGCAACGAAACUUUGUGGAUUUAGCUUGCGAGUGCAAUGCUGUGAUUUGUUGCCGAGUUACUCCUAAACAGAAAGCCAUGGUGGUCGACCUGGUAAAGAGAUACAAGAAAGCCAUAACCUUGGCUAUUGGAGAUGGUGCUAAUGAUGUGAAUAUGAUUAAAACUGCCCAUAUUGGUGUUGGGAUAAGUGGUCAAGAAGGGAUGCAAGCUGUCAUGUCCAGUGACUACUCUUUUGGCCAGUUCAGAUAUCUCCAGAGGCUGCUCCUCGUUCAUGGUCGAUGGUCGUACAUCAGAAUGUGCAAAUUCCUUCGGUAUUUCUUCUACAAAAACUUUGCUUUCACAUUAGUGCACUUCUGGUACUCCUUCUUCAAUGGCUAUUCUGCUCAGACAGCGUACGAGGAUUGGUUUAUCACACUAUACAACGUAUUAUAUUCCAGCCUACCAGUUCUUCUUGUUGGAUUACUUGACCAGGACGUGAGUGACAAACUGAGCAUACGUUUUCCUAACUUGUACAUGUUGGGACAAAAAGACUUGCUUUUUAACUACAAGAAGUUCUUCUUAAGCCUGCUGCAUGGCGUUAUAACCUCACUGAUCAUUUUCUUCAUACCGUACGGUGCUUACCUACAAACCAUGGGACAGGAUGGAGAAGCUCCUUCCGACUACCAGUCAUUUGCGGUCACUGCCUCAUCUUCUCUCAUAAUUGCAGUUAAUUUUCAGAUUGGAAUGGACACGUCUUACUGGACAUUUGUUAAUGCCUUCUCAAUAUUUGGGAGUAUUGCACUUUAUUUUGGCAUCAUGUUUGAUCUGCACAGUGCUGGGAUCCACGUCCUCUUUCCUUCCGUGUUUCAGUUUACAGGUACCGCUGCAAAUGCCCUCCGACAGCCAUAUAUCUGGUUGACCAUAAUACUGUCUGUCGCUCUCUGUUUGCUGCCCAUCAUUGCCCUCCGGUUCUUGAUGAUGACCAUCUGGCCUACAAAAAGCGAAAAGAUUCGGAAGAAUCGCAAAAAGUACAAGGCUGAAGAGGAGAAGUGGAAGCGAAGACAGAGCGUUAUCCGUCGCGGGGUAACUGGACGCCGUUCUGCAUACGCUUUCUCCCAUCAGCGAGGUUACGCAGACCUCAUCGCUUCUGGACGGAUCAUGCGUCGAAGGCGAGCCUCCCUAACAGCAGUUCUGGGCAACAAUUUGGCCGAAAUUAGGCAAGCUGAAGAAAACAGUUGAUGACUUCCCCAAUCCCACAGAAAGCAGAGGAAGGAUAGCACCAAAAGUUUAUUUUUUUACACAGGACGAUGGAUUCUUUUUCUUUUUUGAAGAACGUGUGCAGGAUUAUGAAAGCAGUCUAAUUAUUUUUCUUUUCCAAUUGCUUUGUUUGGGACUAAAAUUGGACAGACCGAAUGGCUGAGUAUUUUUAAUUCUCCGUCCUUGCAUAAACAUUGCUUUUAUUUGAAACUGAAGGAUAUCCUUAAGCCUUGGACAUCAAGCCCAACAAUUUUAAGGUGUUUUUAUUUUGAUAUCCUUAUGCCUUGGACUUCAAGCCCAACAAUUUUAAGGUGUUUUUAAACAGUAGUGUUGUUGUUGUUUUUUAAAGAAAAACCUGAGAGGUUUUACGCCUCAGCACCAAAGACAAACCACUCCAUGGCAACACAAUUCUGAGUGCCACUUCAUUCUGUUAAUUUAUUCUACCAUCAUAUCAUUCUUAUUUGGCAGCCUAAGAAUGAUUUUUUUUUUCAGCUAGCUGUGCAUUUUUCUAUUGUAAGCAUUUAGAGCAUAAUGCCCUAUCCAACAAAAUUGUACUGGUUGAUUGGAGCUGAAAGCUCUUAAUAAUGUUCAGACAUCUGAAAGCUCAACAACAUUCAAGCUUGUAAUUAAAGGUGUCUUCACCAGAAGUUCCUUCAGGAAAACAAUAGCCUGUUAUAUAUUUUCAGGAAAACAAUAGCUUGUUAUAUAUUUUCACUCUGGGCAUUGUGGGGGUCUCCCCUCUUUAAAUGUGUAGCAGCUUUGUAGCAGCAAGAAUUGAUGUGCCUUUCCGGUACUGUAUUUUCUACCCAGCCUUUUCACCUUUACUACAAAUCUGUGUGAUUUGUUAUUGGUUUGAGAAAUAAGAAAGACAGUCAAUCAGUGGAGAGUUUCCUCUUGGAUAUGUUGAUUUCAUCCUUGGGUUUUUCUUGGUCAAGGGAAAUGGCCAUCUAGCCAUUAAACAACUGGAGGCGAUUCUUUUAUAGCACUGUCUUUUAUGUUGGAAAGAUUUGUGUGAAGGAAGAAUAUCUGAGCAGCAUCAUGCUUGAAGAUGACAAUGCCAAUUUCACGCUUAUGUGGCAAAAGAGAUGUAUGAAGGUUUAUCCCACAUCAAAAAUUGCUCCCGGGUUAUAGACCUGUGAAAUCUACGAAGGAAAGAGCAUAAUGCACUAUUCAAGAAAAGUUAUACUGGUCGAUCAGGGCUGCAUGCUUUUAAUAAUGGUCAGACCUCUGGGCACAGAAAGUUCAUGUUCCUAAUCAAAAGCAUCGUCACCAGAGGGAGUGAUACGUCUUGUUCGUGGGAAUGAGAAACAUGGAUUGAAGCACUACCUGGAGCAAGAGAAUAAUUUGCAUUUAUAAUGAAUCUAUUACUUGAUUUUUUUAAUAGUAAAAAGAGGACGAUGUUCUUUUUAAAAAUGUAUUCAUCUGCACAUUUCAAUGUGUUGGGACUGGAAAAUGGUUUACAUUUCAAUACUCUCAGCAUGCACCAAGUGAUCCUGUUUCAAUAUUCACAACUGCUCCUCACAUUUGUGUAGGUGGAUGAACAGAGCUCAUCUCUAAGGCAGGGG